AAUAUUUACAUACCAAAUACAUGCACGCCAUCUUCAACUUUUGACCUUUACAACACGUACAUGUGUUUUAUCAAUGAAAUUGAGAUGCUACAAUUUUCAGUGAAGAUGAAGCUUUAACCCCUUUACAUUCUUGUUUUAAUUUUUGGCCGCAAGAGAAGAAAUGAUGAAAUCGGGAGAGUACGUCUAUCAGGAUGGGAAGUUCAAGGUUACAGAUGAAAUGAAAAAUUAUUUUGAAAAUUACGGCUACAUCAAAAUAAGGAAUUUCUUGGAUGAUGCAGAAUUACAGAAAGUAAAAGAAGUUCUUGAACAUAACCAAGAAAUCACUAAACACUCGUAUGGGAUUCCUGAUGGAACAGGGAGAGAAUGUAAGAUGGCAUUAUGGCGUCAUCCAGGAAGUGAUGUCACUGGCAUGGUAGCUAGGUGCGAGAAAGUAGUUGACAUCAGUGAAAAGCUACUUGGAGAUGAAGUAUACCAUUAUCACACUAAAUUAAUGAUGAAGGAAGUCAAAACAGGAGGACAGUUCCUUUGGCAUCAGGAUUAUGGAUACUGGUACAAGAAUGGCUGUUUAUUUCCAGAUAUGUUAACUGUGUUUAUCUCCAUAGACAAGUGCUGCAAAGAAAAUGGCUGUCUGCAGAUUCUGCGAGGUUCCCAUAAAUGUGGCAGGAUCGACCACUUUAUGGUUGCCGGACAGACAGGAGCAGAUGUAGAAAGAGUAAAAGAGAUCGAGAAAGUGUGUCCAAUGGAGUUUGUGGAAAUGGAACCAGGUGAUGCAUUGUUCUUCCAUAGUAAUUUGUUACAUACCAGCGGGCCUAACAACAGUGAUUUAAGGAGGUGGGCCUUCCUAAUGGCGUACAAUACCAAGUCCAAUAACCCUGUCAUACCCCAUCAUUGUCCCCAGUACACUCCCCUGAAAAAGGUUCCAAAUUCAGCCAUCAGAGAUUGCACCAAUGUAACAGACAUGUCAGGGAAGGAGUUCUUGAAUCCAGCCGAGGACAAAACUGUCAAUCUUAAUGCAAAAUAAGUUCUUUUUUACUCAAAGUGUUGAUAUAUUCAUUGUUCACGUACGCAAGAAUAAAAUGAAUAUAAUGUGGAAUUGAAUAAAAGUACAUCAAAAACAAGAAGAAAUAGAAAAUGCC